AUGGAUAUAGAUGAUGAUGGGAGGUUAAAGAACGUCUUCUGGACAAACCCCCGUAGUAGAGUAGCGUACCAGUAUUUUGGCGAUGUGGUCACAUUCGACACCACAUACCUAACGAAUCGAUAUGGGAUGCCAUUUGCACCAUUUGUUGGUGUAAACCACCAUGGACAGUCAAUUCUGUUGGGAGCAGGCUUGAUUUCUAGUGAGGAUACCAAGACAUUUGUGUGGUUAUUCAAAACAUGGUUGCAAUGCAUGGAUGGUAACGCUCCAAAAGCUAUUAUCACUGAUCAAGAUAGAGCGAUGAAAAAUGCAAUUGCAAUUAUCUUCCCAAAUACUCGGCAUAGAUUUUUUCUUUGGCAUAUACUGAAGAAAGUUCCUGAGAAGUUUGGCUCAUAUGGUUUAUACAAAACUGGGAUGAAGAGUGCAUUGAUGAAAUGUGUAUAUGACACUCAAUGUGUUGAUGAGUUUGAGAAAUGUUGGGAUCAGUUGCUUACCACUUACAACUUGGGAGAGAAUGCGUGGUUGCAGAGCCUAUACGUUGAGCGUGAGCAUUGGGUACCGGCAUUUUUGAAGGAGACAAACUUAAAGGAGUUUAUAGACCAAUUUGAUAAUGCAUUGAAAAAAAAGAUUGAGAAUGAAAAUCUCGCGGACUUCCAAUCAUUUAAUGUGACAAUCCCCUGCAUAUCUAGAUCUUUGAUUGAAAAGAGGUUUCAAGAGUUGUACACGAUAGAUAAGUUCAAAGAAGUUCAACAUGAAGUCAACGGUAUCAUUGACUUGAAUCCAAAGUUACAUAAUUCUGUUGGUGCAAUAAAGACAUAUAUGGUUGAGGAUGAAGUUUGUUUGGAAGAGUUCACUAAGUUGGUUAAACAUUUUGUGGACUUUAGUGAGGAAGACGCAUUUACAAAGUGCUCAUGUGGAUUAUUUGAGAUGAGGAGGAUAUUGUGUCGUCACAUUUUGGUCGUAUUCAGGUGUAAUGAUAUUAAAUUUUUGCCUGAAAUGUAUAUUUUAGAUCGAUGGAGGAAGGAUAUUAGAAGGCGAUACACAUUAAUCCACAGUAGCUACGAUGCAGGGGAACAACACGCAGAUUCGAAUAGCUAUUUAAGUCUUUUAAAUAUCUGUUAUCAGAUGAUUACUUAUGCAUCGGGUUCGAGAGAGCAUACUGAGGAUGCGAGAAAUAAGUUAUAUGCAAUGAUUAAGUUGUAUCGUGCUAAUCAAUAA